AUUUAGUGCCGGGAGAUUCCUUUCUUCUACAGCCUGUUGUACAGUCACUAAGAUUUGGGUUGAUUUGAAGGAGUACUGGGUAGGAAUAGAUUUUUGUAAUGUUUAUUUAGUUCGGUAAUCAUACAAACACAUCACUAAUCACAUUAAAUGUAGUACGUCUUGAUAAUGUCUGUGGAAAGUUUAUAUAUUAAGUGAUCUGCUUGUUGGUGUUUGCCUAACGGCAUUAUAUAACCUGUUCGCUUAUGGCAUCCUACUUUUUGGUCACGUCGGGAAGGGGGCUCAAAACAUGUUCGAUUCCAGAAACACAACAGUGUCCUGUAAAUAUAAAUAAAUAUUUAUGGCUUCCUAAUAUGGGUCAAAAAAGAUAUCACUCUAAUACAUAAAUUUUGUGUUCACUCAAAAGUCUCAGUAAGUCUUAUAAGCUAAACAUUGGCUCCUUAAAUGGAUUAUUCUGGACGAUAUGUCCUGUUACUGGUUCGCGUGUAGAGUUAAAAAGUUCACCAGGUCAUCCUACCUUAAAACCAUAAUACAAUUUCAGUCUGAAAAUACUUAAGAUCCUUAGUGAUUUGAUCUCAAGUCGUCAGUUGCUUUAAACAGAACUGCUGCCUGCUUGCCAAACUGGACAUCCUCUCGAACACCUACUUAGGCUUAGUUCCAACACUAACCUAAGAGGUAAUACCCAGAAACUGGAGGCACGUAAGGAAUCAUGCCGUAGAAUUGCAAUCUACCAGGCUGAUACAUUGGUUUAGAUAGACAAACGUUAUAUCAGGCCAUUGAAGCACGUGGUAAAAACCUUAAAAAGUUCGCAGAGAGCUGGGUCAAUAAUCUGCAAAGUUACUUGUUGGUCUUAGUUAUUAGUAUGUAAGUGGGUGAAGUUCAUUAAAAACUGGUUAUGAAUAUACUCAUUUCUUCAAUUUACCCACAUCUCUCAAAUAUUUAUUAUUGUGUAUACGUUUUCGUGUUCAGUCUACUCUAUUGCAAAACCUAAUACCUGGAAGUAAUGCAAUUUUGUGUGCGGCUCCAUAAUUUUGUACGGAUUAUAAGUUUUUUUCACGUGAAAUUAGUCUCAUGUAUAGCAUAAGAAAAUUUUUUGCAUCACUUAAGAAAAUGUGACUUAGUAAUUUAACGUAUCUUUUUAGUAGUCUGAGGAUUAUCCAGUAGCAAGAUAAUUCACUUCGCGUUUGAGGAUCUCACUCCAAAACAAUGAAUAUUUUACCAAAAAAAAGAUGGCAUGUUUUAAAAAAAGAGAACAUUGCUCGGGUGAGGUCAGAUGAGGCAAAAUAUGAGGAGGAGCGAAGAAGAUUUGAAAUUAAAGCACAACUUGCUGAUCAGGAAGCGCGAAUAGAUUAUUUAAGAAGACAAAAGAAUAAGCUAACAUCUAGCUCGGGAUCAGAUGGAUUCCAGAUAACUCUAACAAAAGAUAGUAUCCUGAAUGUCUCACAAGGAAACGCAGAAUACGAAAAUGAGAAGAAGAUCGAACAAGAGAGAAAAGAGAAAGCAGUUGGGAUUUUGACUUAUUUAGGCCAAACUGUUCUUGAUGCUGCCGGUGAAAAGCCGUGGUAUGAUGUGCACCCUCGAACUUAUGAGCGUCGUGAGAGCGAACGAAGAAAGACCAAAGAAGAACUGGAAAUAAAGAAGAAGACAUUGGCUGACCCAUUAACAGAAAUGAAGAAGGUCGAGGAGAUGUUCAAACACAAUAAGGAAGUAAAAAGACAGAGCGAAGCAGCUGAACUUCAACGUGCCAGUGCUUGCAUUCAUGCUAUGCCAACCUUAUUUCCUGAUGACAUAAUGGUACCAAAGUGCCCAUACAGAGAGGCUUCGAAAAGUCGACGAACAGGUAAUAGGUAUACUCAAUCACUUACUGAAACUUCAUGUAAUUCAUUUGGGGAGCUAACGAAAGAUUUAUCCACGGGGGUUUCUCUGAAUCCCGAAAGUAUGGAUAAAAAAUCAGAAUUGAUUGAAAUGGCCAAGCGUUCAGACAUUAAUCGUCUUCGGGCUGAAAGACUACGACGAGAACGAAAGGAAAGAGACAGGGCAGCAGUUUUACUGGCUAAAUCUUUUGGUUUAGAUGCUUUAAAACCUCCAGAUCAAGAACAAGUGUAUGUAGACGAACGAAGUUUGCCCUUUAAUUCUGCAUUUAAUCCUGAACUGUCGGCUAUCCUGGCUGAACGACGUCAACGACAUCGUGAGUCGAGAAAGCGGAGUUACAAAGAGGUGAAUUAAAUCUUUGCAAAUGGUGAUUUCGCAAACUGUACAUAUUGUGUUUUUUUCAUUUUCACAAAUGAUCUGAAAACUAUUGGGAUAUGUUAUGUGUAAGUAGUUCUAGUCGUUUGGCCAAAGCCUUUAGUUAUCGUUUUCGAUUGUCUCCAAAAUAUAAAUACCCUUUAUUUGUGGUUUUCAUUUGUUUUAUGAAAUUAUUAAGGCGGAAACAAUUAUAUACAAACUAUAGUCGGGUGAUUCUAGUAUCAUCAUACUAAACUCUUGACCAAGUUAUUUAGCAGUUGAACAGCACCUAGUGCAGCUUGUUAUUAUAUAAUGAACUAACAAGUA